AUGCGUUGCCGUGCCUACCUCAUCCGCAAAGCCGAGUACGAUGCAGCAGCUGAUGCCUACGCCCAGGCCGUUGCUGGCCGCAAUGCUCACCUCGCCGUCGUCGCCAAAUACAACGACGAUAUGACUACCUUCACUCCUAAGUUCAUCGCCUGGUCAGCCGCUGACAACUGCGCAUGCACUGUCAUCCUCGGUGCUCUCCCCGACUCCCUCAUGCGCCGCUUCCAGGCCCGGGAACUCCGUGCCUCAGUGAUAUGUGCAGAACUCCAUGCUAUGUUCGAACGCCGCGACAUCAGCUCCGUGGGAAUCCUCUUCCAGGAGUAUUUUUCUAUUACCCUCGCCACCUGUGACGGGGCAGUAGACUAUGUCGGCCGCAUGCGAGAGGUAGCUGAUCGCCUCGAAGCCCGCCAAGCCGGUCUCUCCGAACCCCUCCAAAUCCAUCGCCUCCUCUUCAAUCUCACCCCAGACUAUGAAUCCCGCCUUCACGCCUUUACCGAGGCCAAUCCCAUGGCCAAUAUCACUUCUGUUGAACAGUGGAUCAUUGAUACCGAAGUCAAACUUCGCACCCCCAUGGUCAACCUCGCCUCCUCCCACCCUCCCUCCUCCUCUCUCAACACUACCCAGCCCCGCAAGCAGGGCAAACGCAACGGCAAAGGGGGAAGUGGGGGCAAGGGAGGCAGCGGUCAAGGAAACAGCAGCGCCAGCAACCAUGGUGCCUCUACUGGGGAUGAGCACGGCACCCCCAGGGCGGGGGAAGAGGGGCAGAACGAAGAGGGGCGGGGGAAGAGGGGCGGAACGAAGAGGGGCGGGGGAAGAGGGGCGGAACGUAGAGGGGCGGGGGAAGAGGGGCGCAAUGAAGAGGGGCGGUGGAAGAGGGGCGCAACGAAGAGGGGCGGAGGAAGAGGGGCGCAACGAAGAGGGGCGGAGGAAGACGGGCGCAACGAAGAGGGGCGGGGGAAGAGGGGCGCAACGAAGAGGGGCGGAGGCAGAGGGGCGCAACGAAGAGGGGCGGAGGAAGAGGGGCGCAACGAAGAGGGGCGGAGGAAGAGGGGCGCAAUGAAGAGGGGCGGAGGAAGACGGGCGCAACGAAGAGGGGCGGAGGAAGAGGGGUGGAACGAAGAGGGGCGGAGGAAGAGGGGCGGAACGAAGAGGGGCGGAGGAAGAGGGGCGGAGGAAGAGGGGCGCAACGAAGAGGGGCGGAGAAAGAGGAGCGCAACGAAGAGGGGCGGGGGAAGAGGGGCGCGACGAAGAGGGGCGGGGGAAGAGGGGCAGAACGAAGAGGGGCGGGGGAAGAGGGGCGGAACGAAGAGGGGCGGGGGAAGAGGGGCGGAACGUAGAGGGGCGGGGGAAGAGGGGCGCAACGAAGAGGGGCGGGGGAAGAGGGGCGCAACGAAGAGGGGCGGUGGAAGAGGGACGCAACGAAGAGGGGCGGAGGAAGAGGGGCGGAACGAAGAGCGGCGGAGGAAGAGGGGCGCAACGAAGAGCGGCGGAGGAAGAGGGGCGCAAUCAAGAGCGGCGGAGGAAGAGGGGCGCAAUCAAGAGCGGCGGAGGAAGAGGGGCGCAAUCAAGAGCGGCGGAGGAAGAGGGGCGCAAUCAAGAGCGGCGGAGGAAGAGGGGCGCAAUCAAGAGCGAAGGACGGGAAGGAUGGAACACAGAGGGAAGGUGAAGAUCAAUGCAGAAAGAAGGGAGGGAGAGGACGCUAUGCGGAGGGAGAGGACGCUAUGCGGAGGGAACGGGGUAGGGAUGGAGCGCAAAGAGAAGGAGGAAGGAUGCAAUGCAGACGGAAGGAGAGGACGGAUGGAAUGCAAAGGAAAAAAGGGAAGGACUGAAUGCCGAGGGAAGGUGAGAAAGGAUGGAGCACAGAAGGAGCGGAGGGGGGAAGUCAGAGAAGGACGCAACACAGAGAACAGGAGGGAAACGAUGGAGCGCAGAGGGGAGGUGGGGAAGGAUGGAGCGCAGAGGGGAGGUGGGGAAGGAUGGAGCGCAGAGGGGAGGUGGGGAAGGAUGGAGCGCAGAGGGGAGGUGGGGAAGGAUGGAGCGCAGAGGGGAGGUGGGGAAGGAUGGAACGCAGAGGGGAGGAGUGGAGGAUGGAAUGCAGAGGGAAGGAGUGGAGGAUGGAAUGCAGAGGGAAGGAGUGGAGGAUGGAACGCAGAGGGAAGGCUGCAAAGGUCCACUUCCCAGGGGCCCGAAGGUGAGGAAGGGGGGAAGGGAAGCAGAUAUUGGAAGUAA